GAGCGCACACAGCACGAAUUAUUGGCGUGAGAGUGUCACGCUAGCAAACAUGAAUUGGACCCUCUUUUUAGUGUAACGUACCUCUGUGCCUCUUCGCUAAACAGUGAUUUCACAGAUAGAUUUUACAGGGUUCAACAACAAGUGCCAUGUGGACAAUUGCUUGCAUGUUUCCACGGUUAGAGUAACAAGGUAGGGGGCAUCACUUAGCUAACCCUAGCUAAUGUAAGCUAGCCAAUGUUUGAAUAACUUAAAGGAGGGGGUCUGUUGGCCUUGACCUUGUUAGUAACUUAGUCGUAGCACUUUGUAAUUCAUCAUUUGUACUAACUAACGUUACUUGCAUAUUUUAACACUAUAUGCAGCCUAGAAUGUGAAGUGGAAACAUUAACAUAACCCUAAUUGAUUAACGUUAAUAUAGUUGCCAUUACUUUGAUUCCAUCUACAUAAUUUGGUAAAAAAUCUGUCAUCUGGCACAUUUUCAACCCCUAAGUUUUAGAGAACAAUGUCUGUCUGGAUGCGCUUUUGUAGCCGCAGGUCUCUAUGGCAGAAACGCAGUUUCCCGGUGACAGCAUCAGUCAAAGACACAUCUGUCCGAAGUCAACAUUUAGCACACACUUGGGGCACCGGGCAUAGUCAGACAUGCCUGGCUAGGAGUCUUGUGUGUUCAGUGCGGUUUUACUCACAGGAUAGGAUUCACAAUGAGGACUUGGAAGAGAAGGAGCUUCUCUCCUCUCCAGGGACAGAGUCUUCGCUGCCUGCUGAAAUCCAACCUGACGAGACAGUCUCGAUGCAGAGAGAGAGGAGGUCCCCUUUUGUGGACCAUCUGCGGCGCUGUGGCUCCCCAACAGACGUGCUAGACCUUACCUGUCAAUACUCACCCACAGUUCGACAGGUCAGCAACUGCCUGACCCACAUGUGGACCACCACUAAGAAGAUGUCGGAGGAGCAGAGACACUAUGAGCUGCAGCUGAUGUUUGAGCAUCCUGCAUUUGACAGGCUACUGCAAAGGGCCAUGAAGAGUGUGGGGCACAUGCGCAACGAGGACAUGGCUUAUUCUCUCAUGGGUAUGGUCAAACUAGGUGUUCCCCAACGUAGCCGUGUGGUCCAGACUUUCCUCCGAACCUGCCAGGAGAGACUGAAUGACUUUGAUGAGAAGGGCCUGUCAAUCUUGGCCUCCUGUCUGGAACAUAUGGGGGACAGCCCCAAUGUGGCUGCACUUAAGGCGGGCAUGAGGCUGGUCGUUGAGGCUCGUCUUCCCGGGAUCAAGAAUGUAAUGCCUCUCCAGACCAUGAUGCGUCUGUUGGGGAAAGAUGUCCCACUGCACCUUAAACUGAAGCUAGAGGGUAAGGCUUUAUCAAUGACAGACCAGUUCAGCCUUCCCAAUACCCAGUAUAUGAUCUCCACCAUGGCCACAAUGGGCUUCUACUCCAAACCACUGCUGGACGUCUGCAGUAAGAAGAUCAGAGAAAACCUGCACGGAAUUCCUUUCAACAGAUUGUUUACAGUUCUGCAGUCCUGUAGGGAUCUGCACUACAGAGACUUAGAUCUGCUCACUGACAUUUCGGACUACAUUGCUUCUAUGAUAGACAUAUGGACCAACAAACAGUUGAUCCUCUUCCUAUCUGUGUUGGAGAACCUCAUUUUCUGUCCCACCGCCUUAAUGGAAGUAUUUGCUGAGAAGGUUAUCGCCAAUCCAGACGCCCUGACGCUUAAAGACCUCCUCUGUGUCCUCAAGGUUUACUCCUCUCUUAACUAUGAUCUGCAGGACCGGAGACAACAGUUCCUGGAAAGUCUCUGCCAGGCUCUGAACUCCUAUCUACCCAAGAUGUCCGGGUUUGAGUUGUUAAAGGUUGUAUACUAUCUGUGUCUGCUGGGCCACUUCCCCUCUGCUUUACUGGAGCAACUCCUGCAGGCCAAUACCCUGGAGCAGUUUAAUACUACAGCACCCAAGUUUCUCCAUAGCCAGGUGAAAAUGUUUCAGACAGUGAACAUAUGCCUCCGUCUUGACCGUCAUCUGCUCUCUCGGACCCUGACUGUCCCCCGAUCUCUCCUGGGAGACCUCGGCCGCAGCAGUCCAUCAUUCAACCCGUGGCUCUCACAGGGCCUGCAGAGACUGGUGGGGGAACAGACAGACACAGUGCUACAGGAGAUGGUGGAGGUGGAGGACUUCUACGUCAUAGAUGGUGUGAUAACCACACCUCUGCCGAACCAAACCUCUGUGACUGAAGUGAGUAGUUGUGCAGGAGAAGAGUGUUCUCCAGCAGGGAGCAGUCAAAGAAUUGCAGUAAUUUGCGCACCACUCUCUGGUUUUUGCUAUGGUACGUCCAAUCCCCGUGGUCCUUUGGCUGUGAAGACUCGCCAUCUGAAGAUCCUGGGAUAUAACCCCAUCUUGGUUACUGAGCAGGAGCUGCGGUCUGUGUCUGAAGAAGAGAAGACAGAGUUUCUCAGGGGACGGAUUUUUCCAGGACACCGCAGAUCAGACAUGCAACCUAAAAUUGAGCUCCUGGGAUCUUGAGGACAGAUGUCCCUGUUAAAUGGAUUCCAAGAGCCAUACGUGGUUCCGUGCAAUCGCCAUGAACACACAGCUUUUGGUGUGCUAUUCAAAGCUUUGUAAACAAUUAAGAAGGAAAACCUAUAUUAAAGUAUUUAAAUAAACUUGGUCCCUGGAGAAGUUGA